AUGGAGAAGCCGAAGACGACAAAGGACAUUCAAAGCCUUACUGGACGCGUGGCCGCUCUGACCCGUUUCAUAUCAAAAGAUACCGACAAGUGUGUACCAUUCUUUAAAGCCUUGAAAGGGGGCAAACAUCAUAUCGUAUGGACUGCCGAAUGCGAUAAGGCAUUUCAAGACUUAAAGAACUACAUGAGCAAAGCCCCCCUUUUGUCAAAACCACUACCUGGGGAAAUCCUCUACCUAUACCUUUCGGUAUCCAGCACUGCCGUCAGUUCGGUAUUGAUACGAAAACUGGAAAAGGUGGAGUUACCGGUUUUCUAUGUCAGUAAGGCCCUCCAGAGUGCUGAACUUCGGUAUCCCCCAUUGGAGCAGCUUGCGCUAGCUCUCUUUGUCUCGGCACGAAGACUUCGGCCAUACUUUCAGGCUCACGAAAUCAAAUUCGUUUCGAGGCCCGCCGAAAAAGGCCAGGCUAUUGCCGAUUUUAUCUCCGAGCUUACCCCAUCAACAGCACAGUCGACGCCCGAGGCGGUUACCAAGACCGGAUUACCGGUUGAGUUAGACGCCGAACGCUUUGACACCUCAACUCCCGUAUGGGGUUUGCACGUCGAUGGCUCGGCAAACCAGCAAGGAUGGGGAGCAGGCUUGGUACUGACCACACCAGACGGACUCAAGAUCGAGUACGCCCUCCGAUUCGACUUCCGAACCUCCAACAAUGAGGCGGAAUAUGAGGCUCUCUUGGUCGGCCUUCAGUUAGCCAAGAGCAUGAAUGCAAAGCAAAUCCGAACUCACAGCGACUCCCAGCUCAUCGUGAACCAUGUAACGGCAGACUUCGCCGCCAAGGAUGCGUCCAUGUACGCCUACCUCUCAACCGCCCAUCGGCUACUCCAAAGUUUCCAAGCCUACGAGAUCAAACAGAUCCCCAGAAGUGAAAACGGCCAUGCCGAUGCACUUGCGGGCCUUGCUUCGGCGAUAAACGACAAGGUCGGAAGAAAGGUGCAGGUGGAGAUUCUCGCCCAACCAAGCACGGCAGCCUCCGAAACGUGUACCGUAAGGUACGAGGAUACUUGGAUGUCUCAUAUCUACUUAUACUUGACGAACGGCAUCCUUCCUGAAGAUAAGGCCCAAGCCCGAAAGCUUAGAUACCGAUCAGCAAGGUACACUGUCAUCAACGAUGUGCUUUACAAACGUGGCUACACCACCCCAUAUCUCAAGUGCCUUACGACAGAACAGGGGGACUACGUCCUUCGGGAGAUCCAUAAGGGUGUGUGUGGCGACCAUUCCGGGUCCCGAUCCCUCGCCUACAAAGCCUUUCGGCAGGGAUACUUUUGGCCGACCAUGCAUCAGGACGCUAAUUCACUAGUGAAGAGAUGUGAUAAAUGCCAGCGCUUCGGUAACGUCCUGCAUAUCCCUGUCGAACCUCUGACACCGAUUGUAAGCCCUUGGCCUUUCGCACAAUGGGGACUAGACUUGAUCGGUCCAAUGCCGCAAGGCAAGGGGCAGGUAAAAUAUGCAGUGCCUUACGACAGAUCCCAUUGGGAAUCGUGA